GUCUUAACGGGCGACGCCUCGUUCACUAGCUUGCUCGUUUCUUCGCACCGUCCAAUAACCAAAAUUACAUCGUCUAACGUCUCAUUACUCGCUCGGCUUCUCGACACUCAACAGUUACCUCUUCGAUCCCUUUAAUCCCCAAGACUCUCAUCCAAAUGGCGGAUAAGGAGAAGAAGAAGAAGCCCAAGAAGAAGGAGGAGGCGGCGCCACCACCAGAACCAGUGCCUGAACCAACACCGGAACCAGCACCACCUUCCACACAUGCUUCGGCAGCAGCCACACCGACUGAAUCUGCUAGAGCCAGCAGCCGUGGAAGCCGUAAGGCUGCCAAGCGCUCCGGUUCCAAUGUGUUCUCCAUGUUCUCGCAGAAGCAGGUUGCUGAGUUCAAGGAGGCGUUCCAGCUGAUGGACCACGAUAAGGAUGGCAUCAUUGGCAAGAAUGACCUUCGCGCCACCUUUGACUCCCUUGGCAAAAUUGCUUCUGAGAAGGAGUUGGACGAGAUGGUGAACGAAGCACCUGCACCCAUCAGCUUCACUCAGUUGCUCAAUCUGUUCGCCACCCGUAUGUCCGGAGGUUCCGACGAUGACGACGUUGUCAUCAAUGCCUUCAAGACCUUCGAUGAGAACGGCAGAAUCGACGGCGAGAAACUGAGGCACGCUCUGAUGACCUGGGGCGACAAAUUCAGCGCAAAGGAAGUCGAUGACGCCUUUGACCAGAUGUACAUCGACGACAAGGGCUUCAUCGACACCCCAGCCCUGAUUGCCAUGCUCACCGGAACCGGUGAGGAAGAAGAGGAAGGCUAAACGUUGAUCUUGCGAUCGACGCGGAGCAGUGGAGAGAGAAAGAGGGAGGAAGACAAAAACAAGAGAGAUUGAAAGAAGAGAGAGGAGAGACAAGAACAAAGAAGCACCUCGUGAAUGGACCAUGGAGAAGGAUGGAGCCGGGCAUCGUUUAUUCGUCAGUACAAUCGCACUUCGUGGAGCAACCAUCCAAGUACUCGUUAUCAAGAGAAGGAAACCCAGUGAAAGAGACAGUAAAAGCGGAACUGCACGAACAUAACGUACAUAAAAAAUUAGGAUACGCUCAUUGACAACCGACACACCAACGAUUCGGAUGCCUAUCAUCGUUAUUAACAUUUUAUUAUACCUACUACUAUUCCUAAAUGCUAUGAGACCUUAAGAGUAAAGUACUCGAAUGAAUUUUCAAUGAAUAUUCGACCACCGUCGAUGAGUGUUUUCCUCGUUAUUCGUGUACUUUGCUGUUGUCACUAUGUAAGCGCGUGUUUCUUUUUCCUUUCCUUUUUUCUGUAUUCCUUCUGCACCAAGCCAAACUCUUACGUCUUCUCCUCGAUCGGAGCCGUUAUUGAAGGUUAUCCUAAUACAACGAAUCAUCUCCGAGAUACUGUUGCGAAGGGCAAUUGUACUGACGAAUAAAUUAAUACGUACGUGCUCCGUGUGUGGGUGAUCAUUAACCGAGGACUAUUACUUAUACAUUAUCGUUCAUCUAAUAAAAAAUAUUGAAAACACCAA